UGAACAAAAUGCGAGGCAAACUUCAUUCUCAUCUGAAACUGCAAAAUUCUGCUUUCUGUGUUUGCAAAUAAAGAGCUCACAAAGAGCUGUCGUGUUAAUACUUAGUCUGGGAUAUCAACCCAUACCACAUCUCGUAGAAAGCACAGGCCUUUGGCAACUAGCACAGAGAUUGCUCGUGCAAGAUCACGGGCUGCUUGAGCGUGUCUCAUCAUGGACUCGCUGCUGCUGGAAACUGCCCUUCCUUCCUGAGCCAGUCCUGACCUUUGUCCUGGCUGCUGCUCUUGUUUCUGUGGAACAACAGUGGAUGCUGUUGUGAAGCUUUGAGCCCCGGGCACUCUACAUCUGCCUGCUCUCAGUCUCCCCACUUAAAUUCUCUGCUCUGCCCUUUCCCAAAGAGGGGAAGAGAAGAGUCAGGAGUGAUAGUAUUCGAACAAACGGGAUGUGCAGUCCCUGAAAAGCAGCUUCCUCCCAUGAGUCCAAGGUGUUGGAAUAGUGCUGCCUGUUGCUAACAGGCAUGUUGUGAAAGCAUUCACUGGUAUUCCUGUCUCUGCUUUGCAGGGAUGAUAAGGUACAUAUGAAACUGUGUUCUCUGGCACUUGUCAUCUUUCUAUUCCAUGUGGAUGAAGGCCCUAGAUCAGGGUCAGGACUCACCAAAAUCUGUUUCUACUUUGACUCCUCCAUGGCAAUGCUACUUGUUGGCUAGUUUGCAAGCAUGGCGAUACAGUGUACUUCCCCAGGCUUUGCCCUCAUGAGUGGUACGAAAAUAAGGUGGUUGGUUUGGGGUUUUUUUCACCAGCUAGUUAUAAUCCUUUCCCCACUGUUGAGCAAUGCUCUCUUUCUUCUCAAACCUGAUGCAUCUCUCUGUGGACAAAUAUGGUAUAUCUCUUUGCCAGGAAAAUAUGAGGCAUCUCUUUGCUGACAAAUAUGGUGCGGAUCUUUAUCAGAGGCUCCUUAAGUGCGUAAUAAAAUGACCCAGUGUACACACGCAGGUCACCUGCACCAGUUACCUUCUCUGCAUACUGAUUCAUCGGUUGAGGGCUUUUUAUGGUGCUUGCUUAGAAACAGGGAGAGCCGAAGCGUGAUAAACUCAUAAACCCUGCCAGGCCGAUGCUUCAGUACAGGAUGUGUUGCUGCUCUGUUUUUUUAAUGGCAUUUGAGUCAUUCAGACUCACUGAUAUUUUCUUUACGUUAACGUUUCUUCCUGACAUCAAUCCAGUUGACUGAUACAGCGGUGUGUGGGACUAGGUAUGUGCAUUAUUAGACCUUGAAAACCUACGGUAGUUUUCCAGAAAUUGUCUUUUAUUUCCUUGAAGCUUCUGUGAGUUACUAUCCAGAACUAGGCUUUCAUGCUGUCACUUCUCUGCUCCCAGCUGAUAUAAAGAGGUUGGGUCAUGUGUGGUUAUUACAGGAUUUUUAUUAAUCUCUGGCUUCCAGCUAUUGUGGUUUUUUUUUCUCAGUUAGAUUAGCUGAAAUGUACUCUCCUGUUGGCUUUCAGCUAACUGGACCAUUGUUAGGUGUAAGAGACGUGUGUACAUACCAAGGCAGCUGGAACUGGAGAAGACUUCAGGGGCUGUACCAAAAUAUAAGCCUAGAAAGCAACAAAGGAUAAUCUCAUGUUUGUAGCUGGGGCUUGUUUUCCACCCCACCAUGCUUGCAGGGAGAUCUGCUCUGCCAUCUCAGCCUGUUAGGCUCCAUACUUUGGUUUGUGUGAAUUCAGACCAAAGAAACACUGUCUAAAUGUCCAAGAGCUUCCUAUUUAUCUGCAGUCUUCUGACUGUGAAAGGCAGAAGCAUGUCUUGUUCUCUUCAACUCCCCCAAUGCAUUUAGUUCCAAUCUGGGGACCCUGUCACAAGGACAGAAUCCAUAACUCAUUAAUCUUUAUGUCUCUCUGCACAGAGUGUUUGGAAAGGGGUUGAUCCAUCCUAAAUUGUGUUUUUUUAAAACUUUUGACCCUCUGAUUUAAUUAGUCUACCCAAAUUAAUUAUUAGAAAGGAGCCCCAACGUAAUAUCCUGACUCCUUUCUCUACAUGUGUGACUUUGAGCUGAAGCCUUUACUGAGCAGGAUAAAAUGUUUUGGCCAUAUGUGGCCAUAGUGCAGCUCUGGUUUUUGACCCUGUGUCAGAUCAUGGAGUCUCUGGGAUGAGAUCCUCCCUCCCAAAGACAGCACUUUCCCGGGAGCAUGCAGAAGCACUGUGUUUCACUUUAGGACAGGAAGGGACACCAGCUCACUGAGUGCCCUUUCUCUCCCUUGCCUGUGGUACAGUGAGAUUAUGGAGCUACCUUAAAUAAGCUCAGGCUAUGACUCUUAUCUUGGCCUUUGCAAACUAGCAGAAAGUUGAAGUGAUGACAGCAGAUAAGGGUGUUCACUUUUGAAGCUCAUUGGCUGGUUCUCUGAACUUUUUUUUUCCUCUGAGAGACAGUCAUUCAGAGGUACAGCUGGCACAGACCGAUUGUUAUAUCCCGCGGAGACCACGGAGGGGACACGAGGGGCUGGGGUCCAGAAGUGCAGAUCUUCUGUCACCAGCUGGCUCAGCCGUGUCACUUGCCUGGGGAUGAGACCUGUGUAAUAUCGUCGGCUGGGAGGAACGUUGCCCCGUGUUUUCCUUGACCUUUCUUCACCUUGAAGGAGCACAAAAUGGAUCAGGGUUGUUAACUGCCCACCUCCUCGGCCUUGGGACAGUGAGAAAAGUUCAGCAGCGGUUACGGUGGGAGAGUGAGGGGACUGAGGCUGGGUCAAGCAGGCUUACAUAUUAAACCACCGUAUCAAACGCAAGCCGCGGUCUGACAAGAAAUGUAACCCGAGGAGAAAGGACACCAGUGCGUUUCAGCAGGCUGAGGGAUUCUUGCAUGACCUGUCACUCUUUCAGUGCCGUAGCCUGAGCAGGUCUUACUGGUUUUUGCCGAAGUGGUGGGAGCUGAAUGGGGUGUGGGCUCAUUUCUAUUCGUCCUCAGACAUCUCUACAAUCUUCUCUUCUCUUUUUUAAUUCCCCCCUGGAUAUAAAUCAGAGAAAUUGUGUCCAUCAAGUUUGCUGCCACCUGAGCUCAACCCAGCUGAAUCAGUUUUGGAGGAUACCCUUGCUACAAUCCUCUGGACGAGCUCCUAAGAGAAGAAGAAGCUAAAGCAAUUUGGCAUCGUCGCUGUAGUUUGAGGAAAAACAUUUCUUCCGACUUUGGAGAGAGCUACAAGAAGGAUCUGUGUGAUGUCCUGAUCUCCCUCCAUUUUCCCUGCUGAGCAUGGGGUAACUGUGUGACCAUGGUGGUCACUCAGUUACAAUUGGAACUGUGCUUCCACGGCAAGAAGCUGAGAGGCUUCACCUGCAAGUUGACCAGAUCAGCCAGUGGAUUUCUCCCAGAGACUUCAUUCUCCAUUGCCUCCCAGAUUUUCGUGCCGUUCCUUCUGGCUGGCUUGGGAAUGGUAGCUGCUGGCCUUUUGAUGGAUGUUGUUCAACACUGGGAUGUGUUUCGGACAAUUACCGAAGUGUUUAUCUUGGUUCCUGCCUUGGUUGGCCUGAAGGGUAAUCUUGAGAUGACACUGGCAUCCAGGCUCUCUACUGCUGCUAACACCGGACAGAUGGAUGAUGCCCAGAAGCAAUGGAAAAUGGCCACCUGCAAUUUAGCUCUUAUCCAAGUCCAGGCCACUGUGGUGGGACUGCUGGCUGCUGUUGCUGCUGUGAUCCUGGGGGCCAUCUCUAAGGGCUCUGUGGAGCUGAGCCAGGCUGCUGUGCUGUGUGCCAGCAGCGUGACCACGGCCUUCAUAGCCGCACUGUCACUUGGUCUGGUGAUGAUUGGCGUGAUCAUCGGAGCAAGGAAAGUUGGGAUCAAUCCAGACAAUGUUGCCACACCCAUAGCAGCAAGCCUUGGAGACUUGAUAACCCUUUCCCUGCUGGCAGGAAUCAGCAGUACACUCUUCAAAUACAUAGAUGUGAAAUACCUUUCUCCUCUGAUCUGCGCUGUCUUCAUUGUCAUGAUCCCUCUCUGGAUUGCUAUUGCCAAGCAAAGUCCGUCUCUUGCCGAAGUCCUGAAAUCUGGAUGGCAGCCGGUUAUUGUCGCAAUGAGCAUCAGCAGCAUUGGUGGGCUCAUCCUGGACAAAACUGUAACUGACCCAAACUUUGAAGGCAUGGCAGUUUUCACACCUGUGAUUAACGGUGUUGGAGGGAAUCUGGUCGCCAUCCAGGCCAGCCGAAUUUCUACAUUCCUGCACUUCUGGAGCAUGCCUGGAGUUUUGCCAUACAAGAUGAGACAAAAUUGGCCCAACCCAUGCACCACAUUCUUCUCAUCAGAGGUGAAUUCCAAGUCAGCCCGGGUCCUGUUCCUCCUGGUUAUCCCAGGUCACCUCGUGUUCCUCUACACCAUCCAUCUGCUGCAAGGAGGCCACACGUCUCUGUCCUUCACCUUUGUGAUGUUCUAUCUGACUGCUGCUUUGCUGCAGGUGGGAAUCCUGCUCUAUGUGGCCGACCUAAUUGUGCGUCUGAUGUGGAGGAAGGCUCUGGAUCCGGAUAAUUUCUCCAUCCCCUACCUCACUGCCCUGGGGGAUCUCCUGGGCACUGGAUUCCUGGCCAUCUGUUUCCACCUGGUUUGGCUCAUCCACGGCGCAGACAUGAACCUGGGGAACUGAGAGACCACGCGUUGCUCCGCAUCACUCGUGUGAUGCGGUGCUUUUCUCUGGGACAACGGGGUACUUGGCGAUGAUUGCUGGGUCACCCAGCUGGAUUGGGCCUCCCCUGCCACCCUGACACCUUCCCUCCCCAUCGUGCCUUACAGCUGGGCUCGCCCGCCCCGAGGAAUCAGCACCCACAGAUUGCACCCUGGCAAGUGAGCGAGCCGGUUUUAAGAAGCACCCGCUUCUCACACCUGCACCUGGCAAACAAGGGGCUAAGGAGCAUUUGGGCCAUUGGUAAUGAAUGAGCAUUUUGGUCGGUGGUUUCAGUCCACCUACAGAGCCCUGAGGCUGCUCCAAAGCCUGCCGAGGUCACUGCACCUGAUCCUGCAAGUGGAUGUUGCAGCCCCUCCAUUGGUAACUCUGACUUUCCCUUAAGGGAAAUUCUUUAUUCACCCCUCUUUGCUCCUGCUGAAUCCCUGGAGGAGGAAAGCAACUAGGUCUUUAAACUUGUCUCCUCUCCAUCGGUCAGACAGACGCUCAGGAUCUGAGGCAGUGAGCUGCUGGCUCACACCCAGCAGGAGGUUAUGUAGGGAUACCACCUACCUGCCCUGGCAGCAUCACUGGUUUCUGACCAACAAGCUGGUUUGAUUGCAUUUUGGGGGUAGGAAGGUUUGUUUUUACGGUUUAUGAAAUGCCCAGUAGUUAAAAUGUUUAUGGAAACACACACAUAAAUAAAGUGGGUAAAAAAAAAAGUAAUCCUGUGGAUUUGGGGAUUGUUUUUCUCUUGCUAUGACUCUGCCUGUUUCUAGUUCUAACUUGUCAGGUAGAACUUCUUGCUUCUUUCUCAUCCAUUCAGGGUUGUACAAUGCAAUUUUAAUAGGGCUUCUGGAAAAUCCUUUCCUAACCAGCCUUUUGCUGCCCAUGUUUCAGGUUAAAAUUAAAGCCCAUUCCCUCUCC